AUGAGUAGCAACAGAAUCCCGCUGCACCGUCAUCGACGAAGAUCCGACCACAUCUCGCCCACUUCUCCUUCCUAUACCAGACGAUUACAUGACCGGCCCAACCGCUACAGCGAUGUCUUGAGCCCCGUAGAGGGCGCUUCUGCGACCGACGAUGCCGAUAGCCCGACCAUCAACUUCAACCCGGUCUCGACUUAUUCAGACAACCAUCACCCUCAGCCACUUACCUCUGCGCUCCCACGACCAGCUCCAGUCGAACAAAGGCCCAGUCAAAUAGCGUCAGAAGACCCUGGAUGGCAAAGACAUGCACUUUUGGAUCAAGAUACUCGCCCUGCAACCAGCGACGCGAUUGACACAAAACACGCAUAUUCCGCGUCAAGACUGGGCCCUAACUCGCUGGAAAUACCCUCGAGACCAUCCCCUGUAACGUCCCAGUCAUCUUUUGGCGACUAUCGGGAGAGACGGUCCUUCGAGCCUCCUGUAAAGCCUACAGACACUGCCCCUUCUCCAAACCUGAGGAACUACAGCUUUUCCACUCAGCUUUUGGAUCGUCCCAAUGAGGACCCCUCCCACCUCAAAAACGCCACGGCGAAGAAGAGCAGGCUUAAUCUGUUAAAUCCAAUGAGCCUGCUCGCACGUCGGCGUUUUUCGCAGAACCAGAAACUCGAGGACGUCAACCUCACCAUCAAAACCCUCUCGGUCCCGGCUCUCCCGGACAACUUCGAUCCCAGUAUCCGUGGCAAGGUAGUCCACGAUUUCUCGGCCCCGCGAACUCGCAGACAAUAUUCGCAGAAUGAUAUUGGCCUACUUGAUUCGCCAGCUCUCCGUUCGGGACAUGGGCCAGAUCCAAACCGCCUCCAUGAGCCUCAGAGUGGGAAACUCGCGCCAUUGAGCGGCACCUCAAAUCAAGGCCAUAGCCCCAUGUUCAGGGAGCAUUUUCAGGAUGAUCGACCAGCACUACAACCAGAUCGGACCGGAUAUUUGCAUAAUAUCUCGGCAUUCAACAUUGCGCAUGACGGCUCUGAUGCCACCAAUGUGCCGGCGUUUGCGAAGAAGCUACCCAUGGCCGUGCCCCAUUCAGACUCUAUCCUCAACCGUUCGCUACCAGAUAAAGAAAAUAUCCCUCUGAUACCGCAAGCCGAGCCCUCGCCCCCACCUCCGACACCACCUCCCAAGCGUACACCAUCCCCUAAAUUUGAGGCUCCCCCUCCAGCCGCACUUCCCAAACACAUGACAAGCACGUCUUCGAGAUUCAGCUUUCAGAUAGGCGGUGCAGGCUCAUCUGCUCAAGAGAAAUUAUUGGAAGAAAAGCACAAGCAGCACGCCCAGAGUCAGAAGACCGCCAGUAAAGACAUUGAAGAGGAAGAUGACGAAUAUGCCAAUUACGAUUUCGACGCCGAUGACGGGCUCGAGGAAGAAAUUCCCAGUUUCAACGCCGAUCUUUAUGGAGACAUUGGUGGUCUUGGGUCCAAUGCCCCUCAGAGCAACGCCUUUGUUGCAAAAUAUGGCCUGAAUGAUGAGGACGGCUUCGGUGCCGAGAUGUAUCAAAGUAACGCCCAAACAGCCAAAUAUCCGCCCCAGGAUGAUGACUUUGGCUUCAACGACGAUCCUCCAACCAACGCGUUGAUGCCCAAAUACGCCCCAGUUCAAGAGGUUCCUGAUGACUCAGACGUCCUCGAGGCGCGCUACAAUGCCCUCGCACCAAAAUAUCCACCCCCAAGUGCACCAUUACCAGACAUUCCAGUGAUCAAAACCACCACAUUGCACCGCCAAUCACUACAAGGUUUCCACUUCACACCACAAUCUCUGACCUUCAGUCCAACCAGCACCAAUAAUGCUUCACAGCCGACCCCUCGAGAUCAUGAAGGGUUUGCCAUUGGAAUCGCAGACUCCAAAGAUUUGUCGCAGAGUGAGCACGUCAAUGCCGACUACAAAGAUGAAGAGCUAGAUGUGAAUCAAUUCUCCAUGAUUGGUGGUCUUGGUAUCACUGCAGGCGAAGUUGUUCGUGGAAGACGCCGAUCGCAACAAGUCUCCCGACCACACGCCCAAGUGUUCGAUGACGAUGAUCUUUACUUUGACGAUGGGGAGUUCGGAGACAUUACUGACGGCCCAACCGAUGCGGUCUUUGAUGAGCAGAUAUUCGACGAUGAAACCGGGAAGAUCCGUGAUAUUCCUGCAGAGAACGCUCGCAAGCUUGAUGCAGCCAAAGCGGCUGCACGACUUGACAGCGAGGUCGCAUUGGUUGGCCAGAAACACGACACUAUCAAUGAUUCAUUUUACCAUGCCCAAGCUGCACACAGGAGCGACUCUGGGGCUCAAGAUCUCAAUAAGCCGCGGCACGUGAGUCAGACAAGCUUCGGACAAGAUUCUGUCGCCGGCUUGACAGAAACCAAUCUUGCUGCCUACCAUGACGCUCUAGCGUACGCGGCUAAUCAAGCAGCUGCCAAUGGCCGAUUUGAUCGCAAAGUCAGCUUCAGCCAAACUUCUGACGACACAUCUCCCUCCUAUGGAAACAGUCACCGCGGCAUCAUAUCCGAUGACAGCCGAUUUGGUUUUAGUUAUAGCUCGGGCAUUGCGGAAGAUGAUGGUUUUCCGUUUGAAGAUGAUCUCGAAGAUGAUCCCAUGAUUGCCGAGGCUAAUGCCGAGGCACUCGAGAAUGAUGAGGAUGGGUUCUAUGGACAAGAGUUCGGGUUUUAUGCGCACUCGUAUGCUAAAGGCAAUUCCGAGCUCACCAAUGGUGGCUACUUUGCGGAUCGGGGCUCUAAUGGAGUCAAACGAAGCCAUAGCGGCAAGGCAAAUUUCCAAGAACCAAGCUUGACACCCAUCACGGAGCGUAGUGAAUGGAGCACGAGGAACUCGGUCGUGUGUCUACAAAUGCCUGGGGGAAUUCCAGGUUCGGCGCAAUCUAUGCCAAGUCCUGGAAUUGCUCAACUGUUGGAACUCGAUUCCCCUGGAUAUGAUGAUGACAUGAGUUUCAGUGCACUGAUGAGGCUUCGAGGAAGAGCAUUCGGCGGUAGCUCAUCGAGUGUCAACAGCGCGGGGGGUCAGCACCCCCUUAGUUCUCCAUUGGCUCAUGUAUCCCAUCAUCCGUUUUCUCACUCGGACUUCAAUUCGUCGAGGAUGUCCUCAGGCAUGCAUGGCCAAUCAUCAUCAGCGCCAGGAAUACCUGAAUCGGAGGAGGAGGACGACGACGAUGCGAAUCGGCCUACGUUGACGCAAAACACGCCUCGCAAGAAACCCGCCGAGAUAGGUGUAUACACUUCCCAAGAAGACCUGCCUGUAUCGCCGGCUGUGGCCAGCGACCACCGAAAGGGUUAUCAUAGUCGUACCAGCAGCGGCGCAGACAGUGUUAGCUAUCAGCGAGACGCCGAUGGAAGGUGGUUGCUUGAAAGAAGACGCACGGAUGAAGAAGGGGGAAAUGAGGUCAUUGACCACGAAAUCCCAACGCUGCGCUGGGGUAUUGUUGCAACCGGACUCAUCUCAUCCUGGUUUGUAGGAGAUCUGAUUAUUCCACGAAAAGACCCCAAAGCGAAUCAUGUUAUCCAAGCCGUUGGCUCUUCAUCCGUUGAGAAAGGCGAGGCAUUCGUAUCCAAAAACAUACCCGACAGGCAACCACGAGUCUAUGGAAGCUACAAAGAGCUGUACCAGGACCCAAACAUUGACAUUAUAUACAUCGGCACGCCACAUGCUUUGCACAAGAAGAACUGCCUCGAAGCUAUCGAGGCAGGCAAGCAUGUCCUCUGUGAGAAACCAUUGGCAUUAAAUGCUGACGAAGCCAAUGAGAUUUUCACUGCCGCCAAAGUCAAGGGAAAUAUCUUCGUCAUGGAGGCCAUGUGGACACGGUUCUUUCCCCUAGUACGUACACUUCAACAACUGGUACACCAAGAAAAGAUCAUUGGCGAUGUCCAGCGCGUCUUUUGCGAUUUUGCCAUGGACAUGAAUAUUGCAGCACAACCGCCCACGUCCCGCCUCAGAAACUCGGCUUUGGGGGCAGGCAGCUUGCUUGAUAUCGGCAUCUACAGCCUAACCUGGGGAUUGUUGGCAAUGGGUCUUGAGAAUACGGAGUCACCACCAAAGAUCGCGGCAACACAGCAAGUUGUUGACGGCAUUGAUAUCUCGUCGUCUUUCAUAUUGCAAUAUCCCAAAAGCCAGGCUAUUCUGACAUCAUCGACAUUGGCUAAAACGUCUGAGACAUUCUGCAGGAUAGAGGGUAAUCAAGGUGUUAUCACGGUCGACGGAUUUGUUGCGUCUGCCCCAGCCUCUUUUACCGUCCACAAAGCUGGUACUAGUACGAGGCAUGACUUCGAGAGAUCCGGAAAGGGGUUCUUUUGGGAAGCAGAUGAAGUUGCGCUGGCCAUUGCGCGGGGGAAGACAGAACAUACCUUGAUACCAUGGAAUGAAACAUUACGUGUGCUGGGGAUCCUGGACGAAGUCCGCAGACAGGGAGGCGCGAAGUUUCCGCAGGACAAGCGAUGA